CGUUUUGACCAACCAAUGUGGCCGUUGCUGCGGAUCCCAUCCUGCGUUCGCGUUCGCGGCCCCAAAAAUUUGCGGCGCUUUGCCACGUCAAACAAGCAGGCAGCCGAAAAACGCCGCGUCAAGGAGGCUGACCGGAGGGAGAGGCCCUUUGCAGAGCGUGGCUUCCAAAAUGCCCGGGACCGGCCGCGCGAGCGAUCCUACUUUCCCUUCCAGGAAGAGAUCUUGGAACUUCCGGGCGGUAGGAAGCAGGUGCAAGUGGUUGCAUCCAAACGAGAUGUAGAUGGAUAUUUGGAGGCACAGCUGGUGUUUCAAACUCCCACGGGCAAUCGCCUCUUCCAUUUGAACCAGGAGGAGCUUGGGGAGUUAGAGAAGUUGGCGCCCAGGUUGAGCGAGUACCUAGAACUGUACCAGCUGAAGGCCCAGGAGGCAGCUGAGGGUCAGGCGGAGGAGGAUCUUUCCAAGGCCCUGGAGGGAGCGCAGGUCCAGCGUUUGAGCGAAUGAAAAACCAUCGUUGGCCCAUGGGCCCAUGUGAAAAGCUAUGGUUUGGAAAGUGG